AUGUUCUCCAGGCUGGCCUGGUUGCUGCUUCCAGCAUGGGCCGCCCAGCCGCGGCUGGUUCGGAAAGAGGUUACUGCAGAGAUCGAUGAGGCUUCGGCAGGGGAGUUGAUGUUGGAGCCCGAGGAGAAGCCCACAGUGCUGUACAGCAUCCAAACCGCACUGCACAACGUGGAGGGCAUCCAGGUGGCCCUUGAGACCUGGGCCAAAGACCUGCGCCCAGGCCAGCUGCAGGUGGUUGGCAUGGACCAUCCCAAGGGGGUGCACGUGAAGGGCAUCUCGUGGCACAAGAGCAAGUGCCCAGAUUCCCACGCGGGCGGCGCCUGCAAGGACUUCACAGCGCUGGCUGAAGCACGGGAGAAGGAGGUGGAUUGGGUAGUUCUUCUUGGCACCGAUAACUAUGCUGUCACCAGCAACAUUGAGGCGGCGUUGAGCCAGCACAGCUCCUCCGAGCCGCAAGUCUUGGGCAUCCGGGGCUGCGGGGACUGCGCGGCCGGGGGCCUCUGCGGAGGAGGAGGCCAACUCUUCAACCGCGGAGCAUUGGAAAAGAUGCUGGAAGCCGGGCGCUCUUCCUACCUGCAGCAGUCCAUGUCUGAGGCCAAGAGCUGCGGCAUGUGGGGCGACGUGUCCAACUGCCGGGUGGCCGCACUGCACGGGGUGCCCGUCGGCGACCUGCCGGGACUGCACGGGUGGCACCUGAAACCCCCGCAGCUUUCCCAGGCGCUGGGCUCCUCGUAUCCGGCCCCGCUGACCUUCCACUAUCUGAAUGUGGAUGAGAUCAAGGCGCUUCAUGCCAUGCUACAGGAGCAAGCAGAAGCAUUCCUGGUGGGCAACGCUGGAUUGCAGGCUCAGGGCCUGGCCAUGUGGUGGCAGGACCGGGACCGCUACGUGAAGGAGGAGCAAGGGCGGAGAGAGCUGCCGGCCUAG